CGUCGUCCUUUACCAUAACCUCUGCGUCGCCGGGAGAAAGAAAAAUAAAGACGAAGAACAUCGAGAGCUUUAGAAUCGGAGAUCAACAAUGGCGAAUCAAGGAGCGAAGAAACGAAAGGAGGAGAACGCCAAACACAUGGCCAAGCUCCGUCGUCUCAUCAUUGCCUCCAAUGUUGUGUACUUGGUUGUGAGGAUGCUGAUUUUUCAUUCAAGCUUUACUUGGAAACAUUGGAUCGGCUUAGUGAUAACUUCGCUAGCUUACGCGUUUCCGUAUAAGCAGCUCAAUCAAAUGGCUAAACCUAGUGUUACUGAUGAUGGUGAGCUUAUCGAUGGUGGAUUUGACAUGACCACUGGUGGAAUCUGUGGGUACUUGCAUGAUCUCAUCUAUAUCACCUGCUUUGUUCAGCUAGCUUCUAUCAUCUCUGGAAAGUUUUGGUACAUGUAUCUAGUGAUUCCUGCGUUUGGUGCGUAUAAAGCUUCGGGUCUUAUUCGAGGAUUUAUGUCACAAGGCUCAGACGGAGGUGUGGAAGAUGAAAAAACCCGUAAAAAGCGAGAGAAGAUGGAGAAGAAAGCUUCGAGAGGGCAAGUCGUCAGGACGAGGACAAGAUGAGUGCGUUUUUGUGGAAUGCAACAUGAAAGUUCUUCAAACUAUACAAAUGUAUCAACAGGUAAACUCUCGAGGUUCUGUGAACCCCUUUUACAUGGGAAAUGUCAGUGUAUACAAUAUUUUACUUUGAUGGGGAAUAGUCAUCGAGUAGAACACAGUCAAUUCUCUGGAGAUAGACGUUUUUUUCUAUGAGAUCGUAACCGAUAUUGUAGUAUUGUUGAGCCAUUAGACCAAUGGCUGUGAAAUCCU